CGCACUUCCGCUUGUUUUGGUAACAAAUGUCAACAAUCUCGACACUUUGGUUUAUUUUUUUAGAUUCGAGGAGCAGACAUGUCUGACCUGUUUCGCUGUGCGGGGGACAUAAUCUUCGAUGACUUCCAACCCCUACCUGGUCAAAUCAGCAAUGUUCAGCUGAAAAAGUUUGCUGAGACCAGCAAUUUUCUCCAACUUACAGUACCUCUCACACCACAGCAGCCUUACUUCUGUGCAAAAAUUCAAGCUCUUGGUCAAAACAGCAAGGUUACUUUUGGCAUUGCUGGUCCAGACAUUGAUUCAGAAAGCCACCCAGGUCAAUGGAACCAUACAGUCGGGUACAACAUCAACACAGGGCGAUGUUUCUCUUCUCAUCUCAACUAUGCAAACACCAAAGGACAAAAAUGUGUCAUGGGUGAUGAAUUUGGAGUUCUGGUGACCCACUUUGGUGAUGAAAUGUCCACAGUGACUUUCCUUAAAAAUAGAAUACCAGUCGCAACAAGGUAUAUAUUUGAGAAGGACCAUUGUAAAUUUCUGCCCACAAUAUGCCUUGAAAAUGGACCAGUUGAUCUGGCUGUGUCCUGGCCUAUGGCUGUUCUCAACAUUCCUGAAUUUACUGAGACAAACAUGUUGAACUGGAUCAAGGAUUCCGGGGCAGAAUAUGAUGUGCUUGAUAACGUGUUCCACUACGAUAAAACCCUACCAGAGGUUAUACUGCAGAGCCCUACCCCCCUACGGCAAGACCUUGUCCACUAUGAAGUUGUACUACGGGAGGCUAUGGAAGGGGAGAGUCCAGCUGUUGGCAUAGCAACAUGCAGCCCCCUAUGGCCGACGCCUACCAGUGUUCUACUGCGAGACUUCUUCAAAUGGAAGGCUGAUGGUGUUGAGUUGAAAUCCUUCGAGGGCCAGCGCAUUGGUUUCGGUAUCCACUACAAUCCUGAUGAAAUUAACAAGUCAGACUUUGAUGACAAGAAACAGCAGCUGGUUCUGUGUUUCGUUACCAUGGAUAUGCAGAUUAUAUUCUUCCGAAUGAUGCUGCAACCAUCUGGCGGGUUUUAUCCCCUUAUUGUGCUUACUAGAGGGGCUUCCAAGGUAGAGAUCGAUGUACAGCUAAAUCGUGAUCUGGGUCUUCCCGAGACAAAGGAGCUAUUGGACGGGAUUUUUCGUGAGAAGGCAACAGCGGCACUCGCUGUUUUAGAAGCUGAUGCCAGAACAAGGGAGUUGAAUACAUCGAUGUUCCAUAAGUCAGCAGACAUCGAUGUUGAGAUUGAAGAUUCUCGAUGUAUUGUUGGACUUCAGGCAGACAAAAAACGAAUACAUGGAAUCCAGUUUACCAAGUCACUGAAUGAAGAGAGUCCAUUUUUUGCAAUAGAAAUAAUAAAACUCAAUGAGGAUUCAGUGAUUGGUAUAGGUAUCGGAACAUCACAGUUUAGUCUAAGCAAACACCCGGGUCGAUGUCCAAACUCCUGCGGCUACAUCUCGCGGGAUGGGAAAACAUACACCAACACAUUAAAUGCAGAUAACAGAAUGUUACCUGUGCCUUUUGCAGAAGGUGAUACUGUAGGAGUAGAAGUUCUCUUUGUGAAUCAUCGAUCAAGUCAGAAACAUCUUGUGGUGCUCUUCCACAAAAACGGCAGCCCUGUCGAUACUGUGUACAUGUCCGCAGAGAAUCUUCACGAGCUCUACCCUACUCUGUCCCUUAGCGGGAAUGGUUACGAGGUCAAACUAAACGUGUUCUGGCAGAAUCGCAUUGCUCAAGCACCUCCAUUACUUGUUAGCAAGCUGAGUCACUGGUGUCUUCCUAGCGACUCAAUGGUAGAUGAAGACAGCAACAUUGUUACAGUCCCCGAACACCAGUUUUCCUUCUUUAUACAGAGCCCAAAGCCAUUUAAUGAAUAUUUCAACCAUUAUGAAAUUAAUUGGCUGGACAAAAUACAGGAAGGUGCCAAGAUUAUAGCCCCAAUUGUUGCUUUGGCUGGGGCAUCAAAUUUCCCCAAAACACCAGAUAGUGCUUCACACUUACGCAUCGACGUUCUUCGCUUCACACCAGUUGCUGAACUGGCAUCCAGUAUGAAAGUCGGGGACAAACUGGGCUGGGGGAUGCUGAUUCCAGAGAGCCAGAGAGAUCUCAGUGAACGACUUGUUGUCUGCUACCUCACAGUAAACCGCAACAUUGCCCUCACUCGUGUUUUGUUUGAGCCUCCAGGCGGAUUUUUCCCAUGUGUAGUACUGCCACAAGGAGUGAACAAAGUCAAGCUUGAUUUCUCUGCUUUGAGAAUCACAGAACAUCCCCUUACAGACAGCUACAUUGAACAAGUGCUCAAUGAAGCUUACGAGUUGUACGACCAAGAACUUGAGUGUAUACGUGCUGGAAAAGACAUUGAUACACUGGGAAUAGACAACAGCUCAUUGUUCAAGCCAGUUCCUAGUGAAAUAGUGGAAAAUAGUAAAAAAUCAGAAUCAGAUCCAUCAAAGCCCAAAACAAAUGGAGGCGGGGAUGCAAUGUACCGGGCGGUGGUUCAGGCAAGAGCUGUUGACGGUGUCCAUAAAGCUGUAAAAACAUUUAAGCAAGGUCCCGAAGGUUCAAAAGCUUGUGCCAUUUUGUGAUGUUGGAUUUAUAAUAUUUGCUAUAGAUAAACAGCACAUCAUUUCAAUAUAUGAUGAGAUUAUCAUUAUUAGUUUAGCUAAAUUAUAAUUUGGAAAACAUUUCCUAUAUGAAAAUUAUCAAUAAAAUUGAACCUUUUACCAAUCGCUAAGCAAUAAUUGAUAAAUGUGAACUUCUGCAAAUGGUUGUAAUGUAUAUUCCUUUAACAAUUCCGCUUGUACAAAGUUCAGAAUGUCCAAAGAUCAAAUCUGUGAUAUUUUGUUGUAUAAUAUAAUUAUGUGUCAAUUGAUUUUGAUAAAAAAAUCUAAUUUUAAUGAUUUUUUGUAAUCACACAUUUGUAUGAUAGUUAUGAUCAGCUAAUGUGAAGUGUCAUUUCCUUUUCACAUUCUAUUUUAAUAUUGUGUUAACAUGCAUAAUGCUGUUUUAUGUCAUUAUGAUCUACUGAAAAAUCUUCUCACUAGCAGAUCAAAGGAGGGGUGCAUCUUGCGUGCACCCCCCUAAAAUCAUCCAAGUUAAUUUUUUAUUUCAAUAUAGGAGAAAAAGUAAUAAGAUACGUCUCAAAUGCUUGAUUUUUUAUCAGGAAUUGUUUGAAUUUUUUGGGAAAGUACCCUCAAAUCCCCCUGCAAAGACUUUUAACCAAAUAAAUUUCGGUUCUGAGGGAGGGGUGCAAGUCUAAAGGUAUGCCCCUAAGUUAUGCCCGUCUUAUAUCAAAUCCUGGAACCGCCCCUGCUAAUUCUUACAACAUUUUCUAUAGUAGGCAGUGAAAUGAUAACAAUUGUUAUAACUACAAUGUUUAACCUUCUAAUGAAAUCAUGAGGUUUUUGCCUUAAUUUGUCCAAGUAAAUCAUUUUCAUUUUAAUCAUAGUCCUGUUAAACAUAUAAGUAAGGAAAAAAAGACAUCUUUUGCAUGAUGUCCUGGUCUUUUCUGAUCAAUAUAUGUAACAAUUGACUGCAUGGUUAUGUAGUUACAUAGCUACAAUCAUAUAUCACUUUUCAAUGGAUUUAUGACCCGGGGGCCAAUCAAGAUCUUAGUCGAAUUUAGUCGUAAAUUAAAAUUAUCUUAGUGUCAUUGUUUCAUUAUUUUGCUAUUUAUUUGUGUGAAUUGAACUUAAGUCAUUAUUAAAAAUGAAUGCACAGUUUCGGAAAUAAAUCAAUGUGUUGCCAUUUUUGACGUUUGUAUACAUUUAAGAUAGUUGAAGUUAUGACUAAAACCAUUAAUUGAAACAGCCCCCCCAAAUUAUAGUAAUCAUUCAGUUUAACACACAAGAAUUCGUCUCACUCUUUGGUUUAUUAUAAUAACAAAUGAUUUGAACGAAUAUUUGGGAUCAAAAUUAAAACAGACUAAAACAACAAUAUCAGACAAGAUGUUAGUCCUAUGAUGUUAUUUGGUGCCAUGAGACUCAUAACAUACAUAUAUACAUGUAAUAAUUGUCUCUCAAAUACCAUUAAAGACCAUUCUGCGACAAAAUCAUGGUUCAAGUGUUGUUGAUUAUAUGAAUUGUUAUCAUUAAUAUUGUUAUUAAUUGUACAUCAUAAUAUAAUGCAAAUGAUAAAAUAACAUGUUUGAAAUUAACUUUUGUACUAUAUAUACUAUUAUUUAUUUAAUGCUAAGAAAGAAAAUUACCAGUGUGUACUGUUAUGUUUUUGUCUACCUUUUUUUUUUAGAAAACAAGUCCCAAACGCUAAUAGGAGUUUUCAAACAAAGAGUUAGAUCAAUAUUUAUUUGUUCACAUUGAUAUUAUUUAGUACAACGGUUUGUAUUAAAUGGUAUACAUAUAUAUGUCAUUUAUAAAUGUUUGUAUGAAUGAACAUUUGGGCAAUAAAAAACAGAAACCAAAAAAAAAGAGAAGGAAACUGUAAGUUGUGUCCAUAAAAAGGAAAAACUCCUCAACAUUCUAGUGUUAUGAGCAUAAAAAAACAUUUCAACAACUGAAGUACCUUUUUUCAAGAAAGCUACAGUAUGGUUUGAGAAAAAUAAAACAGAAACUAUUCUAGAGUUUUUUGUUCUUGUUUUUUAAAGAUGCCAUUUUUGUGAUUUCAACUGUUCUUUUGUGUCAUUCUAAUCAUUGCUCAAUUGCUUCUUCCAAGAUAUUUUUAAUGUCAAUUUUAUAGUAUGUAUGUAUUAAACAGUAUUACUUAUAGCAUUCAGAAACAUUUUCUCAUGACCUUCUAGUAAGCUAUUUUCAUUUUUCAUGAGCAACUUUAUAUUACACUCAGAUUUCAUUUGUUCAACUUAUUCAGCUUAAUAUGUGAUGUGAUUCCCUAAGAACAAAUGAAGAAGAUUGAAAAAAGCACAAAAGAAGAAGUUCAUGUAGUUUGUCUUUGCUGUGCAAGAUGGACAUUGUUUGUUUGUUCAUUUGUAGUAUAAGAAUGGUAGAACUUUAUUCAUUCAUUAAACAACUGACCAGAUUGUGUGUGUUUAUGAAUUUAGGAUGGCAUGCAAGCAAAUUCUAUAAAGCACCAUCAAUAAUAUUACAUACAUUGUGGUAGACGCAAUAAAUCAUCUCAAUGUCCCCACAUCAUGGCACAUAGAUGUUUAUUUUGCAUACUUUAAACACAGUAUUUGCAUUGUAUAUUCCAAUUUCUCAAAGUCAAUUAAGUUAUCAUUAGAAGUGAACUUCAAGGGUUUAAAUUGGAUAUGUAUAGUUUGAUUGUAUAGAAAGUAUUCUGUAUGUUCGUAAUUACAUAGAAAAGUAAAUAUUUUAUGACAAUCAUAAAUUUUAACUGUCUCAUCUUAAUAUGUAAGUAUUUUAGAAACCUUUUUUCUUGCAUCAUUUAUAUUCAUGUGUGGUGAAAGAAUCGAUUAUUUGGAUGUUGAGUUAUAGAAUGUUACUUAAGUUCAAAGGCCGUCUAUGGUCAUUUUAAAAACGAAAAUGGAUGAACCGUAGCGAUAUUGUUUAGGAUGGGUUUUUUUUUUAUUUAUAUUGUGCAAUGUUAUAGUUUAAAAAAAUGUUGAACAAUCGGACUUCCGAUUUAUAUUAAUGUACACUGCAUUUCUGAGAUUAUAUUUCAUAAAUUGAUAAAUUCAUAAUUUCAUAAUAACAUAAAUUAUUUUAUGGUUAGUAAGAAACCUUUGCCAUGUAUACCUACCUGUUAUUGAUUAAUAAA